ACAGGCUGACAGGUUGUGGGUCGGUUUCACCAAAGUAACAGAGCUGGGAAGGAAUAACCGGGCUGUGUGGGAAAGAAAGCAGAGUAUUUUAGCUUCAUGAAGCUGUAAUCGAUGCUUGUUUGCUUCAGAUAAGUCAAAUGGUCUCGUGUGGUUUCCGACAGCACGCUAGCCCUCUCUCUCUCUCUCUCUGUGUGUUUUCACAGAGCUGCACAGCCUUAGCCGUUACUGAAGCACUGUAACCGCUCCGACUUGUCCUAUCCCUGACCUGUUUAUCUGCUCUCUGGUUGAGCAUGAGCGUGGUGUUGGAGCUCAGCCGCAAUGCAUGCAUUAGGCUGUAGAAUGAACCUGGCAGCAGUGCUAAAUGGCCUGCUUGUGUCGCUGGUUGCAGCCCUGCUAUGGAAGUACGUUCGGCUGAGCGACCACAUGGCCCAGCUGGAAGAGGAGUUGCAGCUGACACGUCAAUCCCAGGAGCUUUCACAUGUGCACAUAGAUUAUCAUGCCGCCCUGUUGGCACUGCAAGAGCAAGGCACAAGGAUGGUCUGCACUGGCAAAAUGCACACUGACCGCAUCUGCCGCUUUGACUAUCUUUGCUACUGUACCGAGGCUGAGGAGUUCAUAUUCUUCCAUAGUAAUGCCUCAGUCAUGCUUCCCAAUUUGGGCCCUCGUCGCUUCCAACCAGCCCUGUUGGACUUAUCCUCUGUUGAGGAUCAUAAUACUCAGUAUUUUAACUUCUUGGAACUGCCCGCAGCUGCACUAAAGUACAUGCCGAAGCCUGUGUUUGUGCCAGAUGUCACGCUCAUCCUUAAUCGCUUCAACGCUGAUAACCUGAUGCACAUCUUCCACGAUGAUCUUCUUCCAAUAUUCUACACCAUGCAACAGUACACCGACCUGGAUGAUGAAGCCAGGCUUGUUUUCAUGGAAGGUUGGGGAGAGGGGAACCAUUUUGAUCUCUAUCGCCUGCUUAGCAGCAAACAGCCACUACUUAAAGAGCACUUGCGGAACUUUGGCAAGCUCAUGUGCUUCACCAAAUCUUAUGUUGGAUUGUCAAAGAUGACCACAUGGUAUCAGUAUGGCUUUGUACAGCCCCAAGGGCCCAAAGCCAACAUUCUGGUCUCUGGGAAUGAGAUUCGUCAGUUUGCCUCAUUCAUAAUGAACAGGCUUAAUAUCACAAGAGAGGAGAGGCCUGAAGGUGAUGAUUAUAUAGUAGUGUUUAGUAGAGCUUCUAACAGGCUGAUACUCAAUGAGGCAGAGUUGCUUCUUGCUUUGGCUCAAGAGUACAAAAUGAGGACAGUCACUGUGUCCUUGGAGGAGCAAACAUUUGCAAGCAUAGUCCAGCUUAUCAGUGCGGCAUCCAUGCUGGUCAGCAUGCAUGGCGCUCAACUGAUCACGUCCAUGUUCCUACCUCGAGGGGCUGCUGUCAUCGAGCUUUUCCCAUACGCGAUCAACCCAGAACAGUAUACGCCAUAUAAAACUCUGGCCUCCUUGCCAUUAAUGGACCUGCAGUAUAUAGCAUGGAGAAAUACCAUUGAAGAUAAUUCUGUGUCCUAUCCUGACCGCCCCUGGGACCAAGGUGGUAUCGCUCACCUGGACAAAGAGGAACAGGAGCGUAUCCUGUCUAGCAAGGAAGUGCCGAGACACCUCUGCUGUCGCAACCCAGAGUGGCUUUUCCGGAUUUAUCAAGACACCAUUGUGGACAUUCCAUCCUUUCUUCAAGCCCUUAGAGAAGGUCUAAAAGUUAAGCCUAAUCUGAAAAAGAGCAAACCUUCCAGCGUAGUACAUCCUGGUCGAGUCAGGCAACCCAAGUGCCAGACAUCAGUGCAGGCUGCCCAUGAAGCAAAGCUCUCUGUGUCCUGGCAGAUUCCUUGGAACCUCAAGUACUUGAAGGUAAGAGAGGUCAAAUAUGAAGUGUGGAUCCAGGAGCAGGGAGAGAACACGUACAUGCCUUACAUUCUCCCCCAACAAAACUAUACCUUUUCAGAAAACAUUAAGCCCUUUACCACAUAUUUAGUGUGGGUGCGCUGUAUCUUUAACAAGAACCUUUUGGGACCGUUUGCAGAUGUUCUUAUAUGUAAAACCUAACUCUGUUAAGCACACAGUGUCGUGACCAGAGUCGGGGAAAUGCUGAUGACAAAUACUGUGAAGUAUUUACCACAGUAAAUGAUGGGAAGAUUUGUGCUGAGGACUAAAAAUAACAGAACACUGAACUGCCAAAUCAGACUCUUUGAAAUGAAUUCCACUUUAUUGUGAGUUUGAAAGAUUUUCGAUAUUCAAAUGGUAUUUAUAGAACUGUGUAAGGUAAUUUAUUUUUAUUUAUUAGUUAAAGAUGUCUGGUGUUGAAAUGUAUCGUGCCUGUGGGUGUGAUUUAUCUGAUUGCGCUGACAGAUAUUUUCAGGUACUUUUUGGCACAAGUGAUUUUGUUAAACGUUUUGCAAUCCUGACUUUUAUGUGACUUUGUGACUUGAGCAAAUGAUUCAUGUAGUCCUUGCACUCUCAUUAGUUAGCUUAGCAUUACAUAUAAUAUUGAUUCAAAUUAGCCGAAAAACUAAGUGGUCUUAGAAAUAUGUUUUUCCCCAUUUAUUCAUUGUACGUGUGAUAACUUGUACUAGUUUUUCAGUGCUGAUAUUUUUCCUUUUUAUUCUAGAUGUUUCAUGCUCGCCUCUUUUGGCAUUGAAACUGUUUGCAAAUGAGACUUACUGUACUGGAACAUGGAAUGAGAGGGUUGAGUCUUUCAACUAUGGCCUGGCAUGAGCAAAUGAAAAUAAAGAUCGAACACUGCUGUUUGGUUUAUCAAAA